UUGACAACUAUCCCCUUACCUGUAUGGUAAAUGGUUUAGUCCAACCAGACGUGGCCAAGAUGGAGGUCGGGGGAAAUUUUGAAAGAAGUGCUGAGGACGGUACCAACGAUUUAAGGCUGAGAAAAGUUCUCCAAAUGGAUGAAGACACAGAAGAUGUUCAAAGAGCAGGAGGGAGCCUAUCACAGAGUGCAAUAAAACAGCUAAAGAGGCAGAAAUUGCUUGACAGAAUACAGAGCAAGAGGCUUGACUUCCUACGCCAAGUAGACAGCCAGCUGGGGGAACUGUUCGAUGAAGUUACCCAGGAAGUCGAUACUUUCCAACAACCUUUCACCAAUGGGAAUGCCAAUGUGCAAAGGGAUUCGAAUUCCAGAGGACAGAAGACAUUUGUACCACGAGAUUCCAUUUUAACAGACCUGUUUGAGAUGCAGCAUAUCCAGACCAUCUACCACAUAUUUGUGGCUAUCCUGAUAGUGUUGAUGAUCAAUACCUUUGUGUAUGACAUUGUAGACAAGGGCAGCUGGAUGGUGGACUUUUCAAUGGUGUCCUUUGCGUUUGACAGGAUGCCCAUUGUUCUUCAUACAUGGGUCUACAUGCAGCUAGCCACCAUUGUUGUGUACUGUGCCUUCAACCACUGGGCUCACAACAGGAACACGUAUGGUACCUGGUUUGACUGGCUGUACUGUGCGGGGUAUCUUGGUUAUCAGGCUGGUUUUGGCUUCUUACCCCUCCGGCAGAUCUGUUAUCACAGUUUACCACCCACUGCUGCUCUCAUUGUUGUCUGUGAACAAGUAAGGAUGGUCAUGAAAGUGCAUUCCUUUGUCAGGGAGAAUGCCCCCAAAGUUCUGAAGACCAAAGGAGUUGAUGGACCUAAACAGUAUGUGAUGUGUCCAGACUUUUCCAAGUACCUGUACUUCCUCUUUGCUCCCACUCUUGUCUACAGGGAUGAGUACCCAAGGACACCUUCCAUCAGGUGGAACUAUGUGGUCAGCAACUUUGGGCAGGUUGUGGGCUGCCUGGUCUAUGCCAACUUUGUUCUGGUGCGCUUCAUGAUUCCUGUAUUCCGGAACAUCGGGAAGGAGCCAACAAGCCCCAAGGUGCUGGUGCUGGCUAUAUUUGGGUCCAUGCUGCCGGGCAUGCUGGUCCUGUUCCUUGUGUUCUUUGGUGUGCUCCACUCCUGGCUCAACGCCUUUGCCGAGAUGCUGAGGUUUGCUGACAGACAGUUUUACAAGGACUGGUGGAAUUCCACAUCUUUUGCUGGAUACUAUCGCUCCUGGAAUGUAGUGGUGCAUGACUGGCUCUACUACUACAUCUACAAGGACAUUAUGUUGCUGCUUGGUUACCAUAACAAGACGUAUGCUGCACUGUCUGUGUUUGUCCUGUCGGCCAUUGUGCAUGAGUACAUCAUUGCUUUUGCCCUGGGCUUCUUCUACCCUGUGCUGCUGUGUAUGUUUGGUGGCAUUGGUGUGGUGCUGUUUUUCCUGGUGCCCCAGCAGCCCUCGCGUAUGUGGAAUAUUGGACUGUGGGUGGGGCUGUUCAUCGGGAUGGGUCUGCUCAUGUGUCUGUACUGUCAGGAGUGGUAUGCCAGGAUCAACUGUCCAAGGGUCUAUGAUUCCUAUGCAGACUACCUGAUUCCUCGCUCUUGGACCUGCAUGAUGCAAAAUGUCCACUGAAGUCCCAAGCACUGCGCCACUACUAGCAUACUUGUAAAGUUAUAUACCUGGUCCAGCUUAUACUAUGUAGGGUGCUGCAGGUUGACAAGUUUCUGGGUUUGCUAAGCUAGAUUUUGCACUGGUUAAGACAUUUGUAGGUCAUCACAAUGUACAGCAUAUACUUAUGGGUUUGUUAAGAUACAUUUUGCACUGGUUGAGACAUUUAUAGUUCAUCACAAUGCACAGAAUACAGUGUCACUCAGAGAUGCUUUAUGGUAGAAAGUUAAGUCAAUCUACAAAACUAUACAACUUGAUUUAUAAAUUAGCGACACAUUAUUGAUUAGUCAACUUCGUUUCAGAUGUUACUGCUGCUUUACUUCUGGAAGGGUACUUUUUUUAAACAUUCCAAAUACUGUAGAACAUUAAUUUGGAUGACUGUUGGCAUGCUUAUAGGUACAUCCAGCAAUAAUUUUGAUAUGUAGUACAAGCUCAAAGUAAUUGAUUUACA